GCAGAGCAGCGCCAAAAUAUCACGAAGCCUAAAGAUCUUCGACUCCCUCCACACACUCUACCCACACUCAAUCAGAGCUCUUCCUCAACUCAACAUGGCACCUCCUUCCAAACUCGGCGUCGCGACUUCCGCACUUAUGCGACUCGUGAAGGAAGAAGCGAGCUACCACAAGGAAAUGGAGCAACAAGAGGCGCGCAUCAAGAAGCUAGAGUCAAAUACGGAAGACGAGAAUGCCGAAUAUCAGCUGAAGCAAGAGCGACAAGGUCUUGAAGAGACCAAGAACGUUCUUCCAAAUAUGCGAUCAAAGAUUACCCAAGCUCUCCAGAAACUGGAGGAACAGCUUGAGAGCAACAAAGAGGCAGGCGGGGAAGCUUCGACGGAAGACGUUACUAAGGCGAAGGAGGCGAUUGCAAAGGGCAAGGAAAGCCUCCGUGAGAUCUCAUAAGCCGUCCACGCCCGGCUCAUCCAGAUAUCAUACCCACGAGUCUAUAUGUAGAUGUACAUAGCCCAGGAAAGGUUGUUCCAUGCCUCAAACACCGCGCUAUGCAAGGAAACAGGGUAUCAAAAUGAGAGGAACCCAAAGAAAUAGGCUAUCUGUCGUCGCACGCGCAGAAACGGCCCGUCCGGAAAAGAGAACUAUGAAAACGACUGAUCAGGGAU